GUUUGAAAUGAAUUUGGGAUUUUAUUGAGUUAAUAAUAAUUCAAUCAACGAUUUAGAGUGGAAAUUCAAUAUUUGGAUUCAAAAAAGUCACUUCUGAAUAACAUACAAAUUCAUUUGUAAGACUUCUUGAUUAGGUAUUUAUAGUUCAUUGUUCAUAAUCAUCAGACAAACUUGAGAUGUUAAUUACAAUACAUGUCUAUAUUUACAAUUACCUACUAUCUAUUGACGUCAACUGAUAAGCCAUCAAGUACCUAGACCCAGUACUUCUAGAUACUUAAUUAUUUGUGCCAAAGCAUUUGAAACUAUCCUCUUUCAGAAAUAAAUAACUGAAUAUGAAAAUCGGAAUAGUUGGUGCUGGAGCUGCUGGACUAGCAGCUCUAAGGCAUUCCUUGAAUAGUGGACACGAGUGUUUGGCAUUUGAACAAACAGACAAAAUCGGAGGAACUUGGAAUUACACUGAUCAAACGGGAUUGGACAGUUAUGGUUUGCCAAUACAUUCGUCUAUGUAUCAAGGAUUAUUAACAAACUUACCAAAAGAACUUAUGGAAUACCAAGAUUUCCAUUAUGAUGGAAUUGAUAGAUCCUUUAUAAACCAGGAACAAGUUUUGGAUUAUGUGAAUAAAUUUGCUGAACAUUACAAUUUGUAUCCACACAUAAAGUUUCUACAUCACAUAAUAAAAAUUCAUCCUCUUCCAAACGAAAAAUGGAGUCUGAGAGAGAAAAAUCUUGAAACCAACAAAAUAACUGACCACCAAUUUGACGCAAUAAUGAUUUGCAUUGGUAACUAUUCUGUACCAAAAAUGCCAGUUAUCCGUGGUAUGGAGCUGUUAGGAGACAAAGCUAUACACAGUCACUUUUAUAGGAAAAAUCAUGCAUAUGAACUUAAAAGAGUUUUAAUUAUUGGGGCUGGACCUUCAGGAACUGAUAUCGCGAAAAUCGUUAGUGAAGUUGCUGAAAAGCUUUAUAUUAGUUAUAACACGACAUUUUUCGGUGAGACUCGUGAAAAUGUUAUUCAUAAGCCUUUAGUCGAGAAAUUUGAAGGCAGUAAAGCGUUUUUUGCGGAUGGAUCAGUAGAAGAAAUUGACAAUGUUAUUUAUUGUACAGGUUACCAAUAUGUUUACCCAUUUCUUACCAAAGAAUGUGGCAUUGAAGUAGAAAAUAGAUGGGUAAAAUAUCUUUAUAAACACAUUGUCAACGUAGAACAUCCUACAAUGGGUUUUAUGGGAAUUACUUUCAGAGUUUGCCCUUUUCCUUUGUUUGAUAUUCAAGCAAGGUUUUUCCUUGAAUUUAUCAAAAAUACAUCAAAAUUCUCUAAAGAUGAAAUGAUACGAGAUAUUCUUAAAGAUAUAGAAGAUAAAUCAGCUUCAACGGCUCAGGUUCACCAAAUCGGAAACGCCCUACAUCAAACAUAUUUUGACGAUCUUGCUAACACUGUUAAAGUUGAAAAAGUACGUCCUGUGAUUCAUAAACUAUUCCAAUCUUUAUGUGGUGAAAGAAAUGUUGAGAAAAAUUAUCGGAUAUUAAAUGAUGAAGAAUUUAUAGAAGUUAAUUAGGAAGAAUUAUUGAAUUGAAUGUGAUUGUCUAAAACGGGAAUGUUUAUGAGAAAUGAUCCAACAAAUAUGUAUCACAUAACUAUAAAAAUGAUUUUGUAGGCAUAUUUAAGUAAUUAAAGUGAAAUAUAUUCUCCAUAAGUGGAAGUGAUAAUUUGAAUUUCUCAAUCAAUUAUUAUUCCUCAAUGAUUAUUUUUUCAAUUUACAAAUAAAUGAAAGUAUAUUCACAAAGAUAUAAAGGAUAGAUAGCAACUCCCCUUAAAGCAUGUUUGAAAAAUUGGAAUUCAUAAAUAACAAUGGAAAUGAAAUGUUUAGAGAAGUAAUUAUUAUUAAGUGGCUAGAGAUGUUAAUUGAAAAGAUGGAAAACGAAAUUUAACGUGACAAAAGAGGCUUCUGUAUAAAUAGGUAAGUAUACUUAAUAAAUCUCGUUUAAUAUCAGUUGAAAUAUGCUGACUUUCCAUCAUCAGUUCACAGUUCACCAUACUAAACUGGAUAAAAAUUGUGAAAUUCAAUCGAAAAAUAGAACAACCAACAUAAUUUUGUAUAAAACUUUUAUAAAAUUCAAUACAUUGAAUAUAUAAAUAUGCAAUAAAAUGUAAAAUCAACAACCUGUGCCUGGUGCAGUGCAGUAACAGAGUAAACAACAAUACUAAAAACGCUUAAAAAUAUAAUUAUUAUAAAGUAGUAAGUUAAGUAAUAAAGCAAAGCUUAUAUAAACGAGAUUACAUACAGUGUGUCCCGCUUAAGGACUGACCACCCUUCUAAAAUUUUUAUUUUUCAACCGAUUCAAUUAAUUUUUUUUGUCUCAUGUCUACUCGAAUUUGGCACUUAUUUGGCUCAUAAUUUUAUUUCUGCGGCUGUACUGGUGUACAGGGUGUCCACAUUUAUAGGCUCAAAUUUCAAUAAGUACUAUUAGGGAUUUUUUUAGAAAAAAUCUGAUAGCAGAUUCUUGUUUAGAAUGUUCUAAAACCCAACUGUACUAAUUUUUGUUCCAAUACGAUACAGGGUGAUGACAUCAAAUUUUCACAAUUUAAUGAAUCAAAUUGCAAAAAUGUUAUAUUUUGAGACAAGCUUACUACACAUUUUGGUUAAGGAUGUUCUAAAACUAUGUUGUAUUAAGUUUUGUUAGACUCAAGACCUCAAAAUAUGAAAUUUUUCCGGUUUGGUCUAUUAAAUUUUGAAAAUUUGUUGUAAUCACCCUGUAUCAAAUCGGAACCAAAAUUAGUACAGUUGGGUUUUAGACCAUUCUAAAUAAGAAUCUGCUAUCAGAUUUUUUCUAAAAAAAUCCCUAAUAGUAGGUACUUAUUGAAAUUUGAGCCUAUAAAUAUGGACACCCUGUACACCAGUACCUACAGCCGCAGAAAUAAAAUUAUGAGCCAAAUAAGUGUCAAAUUCGAAUAGACAUAAGACAAAAAAAAAUGAUUUGAAUGGGUUGAAAAAUAAAAAUUUCAGAAGGGUGAUCAGUCCUUAAGCGGGACACACUUAUAAAUCACUUGUACAAAAAUAGGGCGAUGGAAUUUAAAAAAAAAAAUUGGAUAAAAUCACAACUUUGUUUCUUGAGGCACAUUUUUAACUUUUUUUUUUCGUUUUAUCCUAAAACAGAACCAUAUCCAUCAGUCUGAUACUUCCUCCUCGUAUAACGUGUACCAUUUUCGUACAGGAUCUUCAUCUCUGUUUAGAGAUGUUAAUUCAAUAAUUU